UAUACACAAAAUAAGCGGCAAAAAUAGCAUCAAAACAACUAAAAAUAAAAAUAACAAUUGUUUGUAUUAAAUGGAGUGCAUUAAUUUUAAUGAUUUUUCUGUAAAAGAGCGCCAUGAAAUUAUCACAGCGUUUCUUAUCAAAAUGCGCAAGGCCAAUUCAAUGCAGAGUGCGCACAGCUUUUUCGAGUAUUACUUAAAGCAGUUCUAUAAAAUGCCCGCCAAGCUUAUCGAAGAUAUAAUCUACUGUCAGCGCGCUAUGAAAACCUAUUUAAGUGUACAUCAGAGAAUUUCACGCUUCUAUUACCGGAAAACGGAUGCUGAUUCCGAAGCCAAGAAGAGGUAUCUACUGGAGAUAGAAGACGUGCUGCACGAGAUAAAUGCAGAGUGCAAGUAUAUGGUGAUUUGUCUGGAGGAUGAUAUCGAGCAGUUCUGUUUGCCAUUUACGGAGCAACAGCUGCAACCAAAUGGGAUCUUGAUCAGUGAAAUGGUUAGUAAAGCCAUUGUCCCUCAUGUCUGUGCUAGCCCUUUGCAAUUCAGGCCGCACUUUGUGGCUGAACGGCCAACGGAAAGUCAGUUGCUGAACAAGUACCUCAUCACCAGCAGCAAUGACACAAAGACUUCGUUGAACGCCAAAGAUGAAAGCGCUAAACCAACAAGGAUUGUGGCGCCAAACAAGAAGCCUCUUGUAAGUGCAGCAACAAAUGCAGCACGACCAGCUCCCAAACAAGCAGCAAUCCCAAUCUCGGCAGAGGUUGCCAGCAAGAACGAUGCGGUAAAUGCCAGUCGCCUUCAUUUGCAGGAAGCCUUGAAGCGAGCCCGUUCAAAAAACCAAAUUUUAAAAUGCGAACCAAAAGCACCGAGUGCAAAAGAAUUGUUUCUGCACUCCAUUGGCCUUUGCACACAUCUGGAACACAAGAGCAUAAUGUUGUCCCAAACUCUCAGUCAUAAGCGAAAGCCAAAACCUUUUAAAAAAUAGAUUUCUUAUAGUUAUGUAGUUUAGCAAGAUAAGUAGUUACUAAUUUUUAUAAAGCAGCUGCGGCGAAAAUAUCUGUUUUUACAAACUUGACUCAGGCUUUAAGUUUUCUGUGAAUUAAUACUAAGCUCAUAAACUCGAGAGUACAAUAACUUUUUGUACAUUAUGAAAAAUAUAGAACAAUAAUUUCAUAGUAAUUAACUGUUAUAUAAAGUAAUCUUUUAUCUAUGUGCCAUUUUUGCCGCUGAACCAGAGAAGUUAAUUCAAAAAAUAUCGCAUGAAAAUAUUUUAUAAUUUAAAAAUAGAUUUCGUAUAUGCAUUAUAAAAACUUUUAUUGUAAAUGACGUAGCUGUUGGCUAACUUAUUUUACUAUAGAUCUACACAAAGAUCAUAUAGGUUUUUAAGCACAGAAAUUUGGAUAUUUAAUAAUUAUUUGUACAAUAUCGAACAUGAAGAAAGAAAAAAAGGUAAAGUAAUAAACUUAAGGUACAACUGUA